AUGUCACUAUCGCGAUUUUUCAACGCAUCUGCGUCACUGAAGAGUGAAAAUGAAACCAGAGACUUGAACGGCAAGAAUCUUCGAAUUUUAAGACAUGGAAAAAGAUUGAAUGUUUUUAUAGCAUUUAUUGACGAUCACACACAAGCUGAUUAUAUAAUUAAAAAUUUUACAAACGAGAAACUGUUUGAAAAAGAAUUAGAUAUAUUAAGAAAAUUUAAGGAUUCUGAGCAUAUAGUGAAGUUUCUUAAUUGUUAUUCCGAAAGCUACAAUAUCAUAUAUGAAUGUGCUUCUUAUAGCCUAGAAAGUCAUAUUAGCAAUCAAAAAAAUUUGUUAGAACGAAAAGAAAAAAUUUCAAUUAUAAUGGACAUAGCCUCAGGUCUUUUGGAGUUGAAUUCAAAAAACAUUGCUCACUUGAAGUUGUCCCCCGAGAACAUCAUGUUCUUCCCCAAACAUACUGGAGGAUCCUGGAAAUUGAUAGAUUUUGGUAAUGCAUGUACCAUCCUUGCUAAAGUUAAAAUUAUGCCUACAAACUAUUCAAGUCCCGAGGUACUUCGAGCACAUGAGGAGGAUCAAUGUAUUGAAGCACGUUCUGCCAUGGAUAUAUUUUCAUUUGGUUUAAUCCUAAUAUUUAUGGAGACUGGAAAACAUUACUGGCAUGGAAAAAACAUGAGUAUUAAACAAAUCAUAACAUCUUCGUCAGAACUGGAUGAAGUUCAAAAUCCCGAAUUUGGUUCAAUAAUAAAAAAAUUGGUGGACAAAAAUAUGUUGUCACGCAUGAAACUAGCGCAAUUUAUAAAGGAUUUCGACUCCAUUUUCCAUGAAAGUUGUCGGCGCCAGAUUCCUGGUCUAAACAAUACAUCGAUUUUUAAUGCCGAUCCCGUGGAAGGAUCACACAUGGAGAUUGCAAGUAUAGAUAAAUUUAUUAACAAUCAAAUGAAAAUUCUGGAUGGAAUCGAUCGCUGUGUGAACGCAGUACAGGAUCUGACCAGGAAAAUUCCACAAUGGUUGGUUAAAUUAAAAAAUGAACCGAUCCCGAGAAUAUUCGUGAUCAUUCCUGAAAGGACGGACUGGAAAAAUCCUCAGACAUGGUGUGCGCAAACAUUCAAAUUAUAUUUUGUUUGCGAAGAUAAGGAUCAUUGGCACGUGCCGAACCAAGAACCAUACAGGCUGCUUAAAGUGCCCGGUUUCAUUAAAAAAUAUGGUCCCUGGGUUAAACUAUGCCUACAGAUCUUAUCAAGAUUUCUUGGAAUCAUGACUCUCUUCCCACCAGAUCUGGUAAACCUGUUCGCGGGCAUUUUUGACAUAAAGGAUGGAAGUGACCUCUUAAAAUAUUUCAAUGACGUUAUUAAUGUAAUAGAACAUAACGUUAGUGAAUUGACUGAUUAUGAACCAGAGUUUAUGCCAUUAGACAUGGUUGAUGGAUCUUUGUCAGUGAUAAACGGAUCAGGUCUUCAUGCCUUAAAAAAUUAUAUUGACGUUCAAAGAAGCACCGAUCCUUAUGGUAACCUGUCUCGAUGCGUUCAUAAUGAUGACGAAAUUUUAUGGAUAUGUGAAGAACAUCGUGACAAAUAUACUACGAAACCCCUGCUGUCACCCGUAUUUUCGCCUCUAUCCUCGCCUUCACUUAUACCUUCAACUUCACCUCCAUUAUCAACUUCACCUUUAUUAUCAACUUCGCCUCCAUUAUCAACUUCGCCUCCAUUAUCAACCUCGCCCUCAUUAUCAAUUCCGUCUCCGCUAUCAUCUUCGCCUCCAUUCUCAACCUCGCCGCCACUCCUCUGUGCUAAAGUCAGAAGUACGGUUGAGGUGCCUACGAUGGAUGAAAUAUAUAAGGUGUAUAGGAUUCUCAGUAACUUCAUUGAAAACGUGGAAGAAUCUGAACGAAAACAUUUCUUUAUUGAAGAAGUAAGAAACAUCGGUGAGAAAAUGAGGGAAUACAUGGAUGCCUUGGAUAGAUUGUACUACGAAUGGGAUAACGUUGAUCAGAAAAAACGGCUGACAAAUGUUACGGAAAACCAUGCCGCAAUGUACAUUCACCUAUUAAGGCUACUCAAAUCUUAUUUAGUGGUGGAUAUGAACGCUCAAAAUGCUCUUAAUAUUAAGACACGGACGUUACAAGCAAAAUACCUUGCCAAUGACUAUCAAUACAUCAGAAGAUAUUAUGAUGCCGCCAAAGAUUUCAACGAACAUCUUGGAAAAUUAGUUGAUUGUAUAUGCAAAGCAUCAUACGAAAGAAAUUUUUCCAUUCUGGUCCAACCAGUAUUAGGGGAAUUUGAAAAAUCAAGAAAACUAUAUGAAAAACUCUGUUGUCGAGAAGAUCAUGAAAUGAAUCGUUGGUAUAAAAAUAAACUAAUCAGAACCAUUGAUCUGGAAUCUAUUAAUCAGGAGUAUCGUUUGCAGAAUAACUUGGAUAAUCUUUUUAAAAUUACCAAAUAUAUCUUACAUAAUGAGGAUGUUGCAGGAUACACUUUAAGGAACUGCAAUAGUAAUCACAAUUUGGAAUGCAUGGAAAAGACGAUUCAUCUUUACGACCGGUUCGAACUUAAUAGCUGCGAGAACAUUAUUGCAUUCCGAGGGUGUUCUUUCCUCCAAUGCAAAAUGGUCCUAAUCUUUGAAUGGCCGGACCAAGGCGAUCUCUUUAACUAUCUAAAAAAAAAUACUAAUUCGACACUUUUUACUUGGCAAAGAAAGAUGAAAAUGUCACGGGAAAUUGUUACCGCUGUGGAAUUUCUACAUAAAAAUGUCUUCCUAUUUCAAGAAGAAACUGGAAUAAAGUCCAAAAUUGGUAAUUUCUUGUGGAGUAGGUCGACGAUUGAAUUUCAGACUACUGUAAUGCCUGAACCCUUGAAAGCUGAAGGCGUCAAUUGGAAAAGAUGGCAUGAUCCACAAAGACUCAAAGGAGAUGGGAAGCAUGUUUAUAAAAAACAUUCUGACAUAUACAGUUUGGGUCUACUCCUUUGGGAAAUUGCACAAGGGACAGGGACGGUGCCGUAUAAGGAUGUAGAAAUCACCGAUCUCUACAAACAUUUAGAAAAGAAAAAUUUUGAGAACGUUCCAGAAUAUCCUAAAGACCCGAAAUGGAGUGAAACUAUUAAGAGUAUGUGGGCAUUUGAUCCUUCGGACCGACCGCAAAUAGA